AUGUGGAACUCUCAGAGGAGAGGUGCUGUUGCCUGUGGCAUAUUGAUUUCUUUUAUCCUCUAUACCUCCAGGGAUAUCAUGGAGGAGGAGAAAAGACCGGAGGAAACGGAAUCAGAAAAGCAGCCGAUGGCAGCUAAGAAAGCCACAUCCAAGAAAAAGAAUAAGGAAUGCGCAUUGUGUAGAUGCCCCUUGUCCACUUCCUAUAGCAAGAAGUUGUGCCAGGAUUGUAUUGAGAAAACCCUGGCGGAGGAAUCCCCUAAUUUUAUGAGGGACAUUAGAAGUCUCAUUAAGGCAGAGGUUAAAGAGUCCCUUAAAACGUCAAAGAAAUCAAAGAGAUCGGCAGAUAGAACGGAUUCAGAGCCAGAGUCUAUUAGCGAGGAUGAUAGGGACGACAGGUCAGAGGAUUCAUCCUUCGCGGAGGAAGAACAAGAGAAGAAAUUCCUGUUUCCAGUUUCCGAUACGGAAAAGUUGUUAAAAACAAUUAGAGCUACGUUAGAGCUGGAGGACGUCAGGGAAGAUAGGUCCGUGGCUGACGCAAUCUUUGAGGGAUUACGUGAAAAGAAGAGAAGAUUUUUUCCCUUAUAUAAGAGCGUAUCGGCCCUGAUAGAAAGGGAAUGGAAGAAGCCUGACAAGAAGGCCUUCGUUAGUAAAAAUUUCAAAAGAAAAUACCCCUUUGAGGAGGAGGCUACUACUUCAUGGGAUAAGGCACCAAAAUUGGAUGUGGCCAUUUCUAAAGUUUCUAGAAGAUCUUCAUUGCCGUUCGACGAUAUGGGUUUUUUGAAGGACCCUCUAGACAAAAAGAUAGACUCUUGCCUCAGGAAUACUUGGGAAGCAUCUACUGCCUCCUUUAGGCCCAAUAUAGCAGCAACCGUUACAGCGAGAUCCUUAGCCUUAUGGCUAGAAAGGUUGGAAGGUCAGUUAAGGGAUAAGUGCCCUAGAGAUCAGAUCUUAAAUUCUCUGCCGACCUUACAGAAAGCUGUGGAUUUUCUGUCAGAUGUCUCUGUGGAGGCAGUUCGACUAGCAGCCAGGUCUGCUUCCACCUCCAAUUCCGCCCGUAGAGCCCUUUGGCUUAAGAACUGGAAGGGGGGCGACAUAGCCUCUAAACAACAAUUAUGUAGCAUUCCCUGUCAGGGACAGUUCUUAUUCGGACUAGAAUUAGAUGCCCUGUUAGAGAAGGCAGCAGAUAGGAAAAAGAGAAUGCCUCAGGAAUCUUCUUUUUCACAGUUUAGGCCUUACAAACGUCCCUUUCAGAAUGUCCCCAGAUCUCAGGGAAGAAGACAGCCGGGAGAUAGAGAUCAGUUUCCCAGGCCCAGGGGGUCAGGAGGUAGAGGUUUCAUGUUUGGAGGUUCCUCCUCCUCUCAGAAGGACAAACUUUCGAAAAAAUGA